UUUCCCCGGGCCGAGUUGCAACCCCAUACCUGAGGAUGAGGUGCCUUGGUAAAGAGUCGAUUGUGGCAAGGACUUGAAUGAUAGUAGAGCAGGUGAUAUUUGCGGUCUGAAUGAUGCAGACGGGGGUAAUGGUGUGAAUCUAAUAGCUGUCUAUUUCUCUACCAUCACCCUCAUCAAGUCUGAUUAGGAUCGGAAUGCCGUCAGAUACCGAACAAGCGCUCAGCCCCAUUGCCUGCGAGCCAUGCAGGCAAAAGAAAUGCAAGUGCGACCGCACGCUUCCAGUCUGCACACAAUGCUCCCCCGAUCCAUCCAAGUGUGUCUACCCAGAAAGCGGUAAACGAGGGCUUCCCCUUGGAUAUCUUAAUCUGAUCGAACAGCGGCUUGCCGACACCGAGCAAGCGUUAUUUGAGGCCCUCACCACUAUCCGCGAGCUCAAUGCUUCGCACGGAGGCAUGGUGGUGCAGACCACCCGCAAGGCCGCUGAUAUGCGCCCCAAGAAUGCGCGCAUGCAGGAGUGGUCCCAGUUGCCAUUGAGCGGGUGGGCGGAGCGCGAACGAUGGCGAGAAGCGAAACAAGAUCACUACCAGUGUGAACGAACCGUGGUCAAGUCGCCACCGGGGGUAGAAGUGCCGCCGUCGAACGUGUAUGAGAUGCCGCGGGGAAUCUCCGCCGCCAGUCUUCCCAGCAGGGGCAGUGUAGGGCCGGCGGAGUCAGUAUCGGUCGCGGAGUCAGUAUCGCCAGAGCGGCGGAGGGCGGAUCGGGCAGGGGAAGUGGCGCGGCGAUAUCCUUCGUUGUACUUUUGAUUAGUGCUAGGAUCUAUAUGUUUUAUGCUUGCAGAUCCUACUGCAGCAACAACCCCCGAUGGUCUAGUUGGUUCAUG